UCUCGCCCAAGUGGUGCCUGCUGCAGUUCCGGCCAUGGGCGAGCCGUCUGCAGACGUGCGGGCUUUCCUGCUUCAGCACCCAAGCCUGCGGCUGCUGCCCGGCGCAGACAGGGUGCGCUGCGCCCUGACGGGCCACGAGCUGCCCUGCCGCCUGCCCGAGCUGCAGGUCUACACCCGCGGCAAGAAGUACCAGCGUCUGGCGCGCGCCCCCGCGGCCUUCGACUACGCCGAAUUCGAGCCGCACGUCGUUCCUAGCAGCAAGCACCCGCACCAGUUGUUCUGCAAACUCACCCUGCGCCACAUCAACAAGUCCCCUGCGCACGUGCUGAGGCAUACCCAAGGACAGAGGUACCAGAGAGCCCUAAGGAGAUGUAAGUCACCAGAUGAGGACUGUCAGAAGCAAGGUGUGGAAUAUGUCCCUGCCUGCCUGCUGCACAAGAAGAGGAGGGUGGAAAGCCAGGUGGACCGGAACCAGCCACCGGGCCUGAGAGAAGCCUUCUGGGAGCCUCUUUCCAGUGAUGAGGGUGGAGCCCUGAGUGAUGACAGCAUGACAGACCUGUACCCACCGGAGCUCUUCACCAGAAAGGACCCAGGAGGACCUGAGGACCUGGAUGGUGCUGAUGCCUUUCUGACUGAUCAAGAGAAUGAAGAGCUGAAAUCCCCAAGAAUGAAGGGCACAGGGGACAGAAGAGAAGCUAAAGUGGACUUGAAGCGGAGAAAGAAGCACCUGCACUCACUGACCAAGAAGCUCAAGAACCAUCACCACAAGCCCAAGAGCUUUGGCUCCUUCAAGCAGUCGGGUUAAUAAAGGUUGUGGGGACAGUUUUUGGUGUCCUUGGUAAGUCUAGACUCCAGCAUCUUCCCUCCAUUCAUCCUAGUCUCCUGGCUUUGCUACCCCUGAAGCAGGGCUGAGGAACCUGCUUGGCACUGGGUGGGGUCCCAUAACCAGGAGGCAGCAGGGACCCUGAGGGCAACUGCUCCCUGAGUGUGGUCUGCCAGUGUCCUUGGCAAAGCCUGGGGUUCCCAGCUCACUACAGCAUCCUGAGGGCCCUGGCCAGCCUGCAGACACCGCCACAGGAUCACAGUGCAUACCACAAAUGCCAUUGUUUAUUUGAUGUGUUUCCAAAAUCAAAACGUUUUCAAACACAACUAAGAUAUAAAAUACAGCAUAAAAAUGAGAUUUAUACCUAUUCCCAUAUAAAGCAGAAGCAUUUUCAGAGACUGUCUUGCUGAAAUCCGUGGGUAAGCCGUGUUUCCUUUCCUCCCCCAUCCUGGCCCAGCUCACUCAGGCAGCAGGGUGGAGGGUGGAGGCCACCCCUGCUGACCAUGCACUUGGCUUCCUAGGUCUGCCCUAUUCCACAAACAAGUGGCACCACAGGAACUGGUGUGGCCAAGUGUCACCUAAUAGGGCUAUUACACUGUAUUAAUCAGGAGGGAUACAUGCUGAGGUAGCCCUGCAGCUGAAGCCAUCACUGGAUCUUCAAUACACUGGGGAGCAGGCCCCAGGCAGAGCCUCAGUGGCAGGUGGUACAGGCCAGGGUGUGGGGAAGGUGUACCAUGAUGCCCUUGUAGUAGGUAGGGGCAGGAGGCUCAGCUGGCCUGCAGCAGCCCCAGGACACUUCAGUCCUGCACACCCAGGAUGGGCUCCGGGAGCUACACCCAGCACAGAGUGAGUGGCCAUCUUCCCUCCUUGUCAGGCACCUUGGUACCUGGGAUCGGGCAGGAGUAGGUGUUUUUCUGACUACCCUUCUGGCACUCACUGCCAUACAGAUGAACAGGGCACCCCAGUGUCAGACCCCCACCUCACCAAAAAGAGGAACACGGUAUAAGGCAAUGUUAGAAAACUUUAAAUACAGGAUCAAGAUCAAAUUGGUAAGGCAUCACAAAUUGUAGAAAGUAAUCUUGGCUGCAUUGGCAUAGCAAAUGGACAAAAUCUGAGCAAGCCAUAGCCUUGGGGCCACCCACAGGGCAGGUGCAGUCUGGAAUGGGUGCUGCCACGCUGGGAUGGAGCACAGCCUAGGGUAUCCAGGCCUUGCUCUGUGAAGGUCGAGUUGAGGUAACUGGGUUGAGCCUGUGGGUCUCCAAGACUGGGAGCUCCUGACAUUGCUGGGCCCCUUGCUGCUGCUCCUCCCCAAACCAUUCAAGGGGGAGGGGGUGGCCAUCCUGUGUGCAGCUUCCCCUGGGUCCCUGCCUUGAGCCACUAAAGCUCUGAGAGGGUCUCUAUCUCCCAGUGAUUGAUCCGAGCUGGUGGUGUUGAUGAAUUCUCCCUCCAGCUGCAGCCCUGGUCGCCCUCCAGUACUGCAGCACUGUGGGGCUGGGGCUCUUCUGAAUAGCCUCACUGAUUACUAUAAGGUAUUACAAUGCAGGGGCAGAAACAAUGUUGAAGCCACUGAUUCGCAUUUCAACCAGGGAGUUUCGGGGUGUGAAGUCUGGCUGCAGCAUCCAAAACCAUUUAGUAGUUUGAGCUAAGAAUGUAAACUUAAAAAACAAGAGGGAGGCUGCUCUGAAUGAUACAGAUGUCUGCUCACAGUACAGCUUGAAGU